CUCUCAGUCUGAUAUUUUGUACUCAGACUGACAUUUACACUUUACUGAAGACGACUGUUUGAGCUAUUUUAGUGGAAGACUGCCUGGAUCAUGGAUGACAAACGUGCUUUACUAAGAGAUUCUGGGCUACGAACAAGAGCUCAGGCCAUAGCCAAGGCCAAAGAAAUAGUCAAUGCACUAAAUGAAGUCGUACUCCACAUUGCUAUAACAGGGGAGACUGGUGUAGGGAAGUCCUCCUUUGUGAAUGCCAUUAGAGGUGUUCAAAGAGGGGAUGAAGGCUGGGCCCCCACUGGGGUGACAGAAACUACAAUGGAGCCCAAGGAGUAUCCCCACCCCAGCAUGCCCAAUGUGAGGAUCUGGGAUUUGCCAGGAAUAGGGACUUCUCGUUUCAAGGCAAAGACCUACAUGAAGGAUGUGAAAUUUGAAACGUACGAUUUCUUUAUCAUAGUGAGCUCACAAAGAUUCAAAGAGAAUGACCUCAAGCUUGCGACUGAAAUCAAGAAAAACAAUAAGAAAUUCUACUUUGUCCGUUCCAAGAUCGACUCUGACAUGGCCAAUGAGGGGGUCAAAGAAAAGAGGAUGGAGGAAAAGGUACUCCUCAAAAUACGAAAAGACUGUGAAGACCAUCUCCGCAAACUGGGGCAGCCUCCUAUCUUCCUCAUCUCAUCCUUCAACCUGAGCAAGUAUGACUUUCCUACUCUGGUGGAGACUCUGAAGAGAGACCUUCCUAGUGAAAAGAGGAAUGCACUAGAGCAGAGUUUGCCUGUGUACUCGAUGCAGUCCCUUAAUGACAAGUACAGUGCAUUCAAGGAAACCAUUUGGGCACUGGCUGUUGUGUCUGCAAUAGGUGCAGGACCUUUGCCAGGUCUAUCAGUUGCAGUUGACACUGCCAUGGUGCUGUCCUUUCUCACUAAGGUCUACCACUCAUUCGGCCUGGAUGACAAAACCCUGGAAAAGCUAUCAAAUCGAAUGAACAAGCCCAUACGGGAAGAGGUGAAAAAGUCUAAACUCAUUCAGGAAAUUGGUGGUACUCGGCUCGCAUCUACCAUGCUGAGAAAAGCAGGGGCUGAGGCUGCCAUUGAGGUUCUGUCCUGUGUAGUACCAGUGGUCGGCAACGUUGCAGCAGCCGGAUUGUCUUUUGUUACCACAAGGGCUGUGCUGCAAGAGGGUCUGGAUGAACUGUAUGGUGUUGCCAAAAAGGUGCUCGAAAUGGCAAAUCUGCAGUAGGAAGGAACUUACCUCAUUUAAAGGGGCACUAUGUAGGAUGACGUAGUUUGCACGGUGCCCGUGACAUGCAUGUCAUGA